CAAUAUAUUUUUUGUCAAAAAAAAAAAAAAAAUUGUGGAUUCACCAUGAGAAACUUGAAGGUUAUCCUAACUGUUGAAGUUAUUUUUGAAAUGAUAUCGUUGUGUUGCGGAAAAACAUUUACACCCCUUUCCAUCACAACAAAUAUGCCGACAUCGAACAAUUUUACAUCCAAUACUUCAAUGACAUCCUCGACGAUUGUUCAAAAUACUACAUUAGCGACGGGAAGCACAGCGAUACUUACACCUGUUUCCACCACGACUGUUGUUAUGCCGUCAACAAGCAAUUUUACAUCGAAUACAACAAUGACAGUUUCAACAAUUGUUCAAAACAUGACAGGAAGCACGAUACCUACACCUGUGUCCACCACCAAGAAUCGUCUCUCAUCUUCAGACAAUUUAACAACGACAACUCCAAUGAUAGAUUCGGCGGGUGUUGAAAACAGAACUAUGGCAAUAAGUAAUAAUAUUUCGGCAAUAAAUUCUACAAGUACUACGAGGUCAUCCUCUUCUUCUUUGUCAAAUCUAACAUCUACUUUUUCAUCGACGCCUGCAGUUAAAUUUUACAAUGAAAGUACAGCCUCGACAACAAAGCAAGGUAGCAAUAUGAGUAUUAUAAUUUCUAGCCCUAAAACAACAACAACUAAAAUGAUGAAAACGACAACCUCCCAGAUUAAGCCUGAAACAACUUUGGCAACAAUAAAUCAAAAACCCACUUCAUUCAAAACUACACAAGCUACGACGACGUCAUCAAGAAUGUCAACAACCAACAUGAUGACGAAAUCAACAAAAGACCAAGUCCAAUUACUCCCUGGUGAAAGCAUGGAACAUGGCGAUGUUUCCACAAAAAUUGCGGUCUCUGUUGUUGCUGUCAUCAUCUUCAUCUUGAUUUCGGCGUUGAUCAUCAUCUGCAUCUUACGAAAACGCAGGAGCACCAGAAGAGAUCCGAAGAUAAACGCAACCACAGGUUUUUCACCGACAGUACAUUCACCUGGCAACAUAAAACUGGAUUUCGAAAAUCUAAAUGACGCUUCUGUCCCAGGCGAGUUUCUCUUGGACAAGUCUAUGAUUGACCUCGAAUCUCCAACACCCGAAAAUGAGGCUAUGCAGACAGUAGCAUUAUUAGACCAUGCAACUGAUGACUUUGGCUCAAGGGAAAUAACCACGUUUAAUCCAAGCAAAAACGAGAAUGAGGUUGGAUUAAACGCAUCUGGGAUUCAGAAUGUUGAGGAUAAACAAGAUUCUUCAGACGAUGAAUCAUCAUCAGAAGACGAGCCGGAAAUGAAAGAAAAAAAUCAGGACAAGCGUCAAGUUAACCAAGAAGAUAAAAGUUCACCGGAAGUAGAAAUUGGAGAAAAAGUGCUCGAUAUCAAUUAUUCUGUGACUGACACUGCAUUGAAGGAAGAUAACUCGAUGCCAAUGGCGACUAUCGUAUUGGAAUCUGAAAUUCCAAACUCUCCUUCUCAAGAAUCUCAAAGACAAAGUAUUAAAGUUUCUGAGCUUUGAUAGAUUUGAUAAAUUAGAUUUACAUGUAAGCUAUUACAUGGAGUGGGAGGGGAGU